GUGUGCAGUGUGCGAUUUUUACAUGUUAAGCGUCGAGACUAGUAAUAAAUUUAUUUGAAGAGAUUUCUCGAGUCUGAAGUCGCGGAUUUUUGAUCCGUAGUGUUGAAAAGCCUACAUCAUUGUUCCUAGUGCGAUUUAGUGGAUUGUUGUGGUCAUAUUUAGUUUGAUUCGUUACCUACUUGUAGAAUAGAGCAUAGAAAACUGACAAAAAGUGAAGUGAGGAAAGAUUAUCGUUGCGUGCGGAACAACCUUAUGCGAAACGCUUCUAGAUUCACAAGGGAAACAGACAUUGCAAUAACUGAUCAACUGAACUCAGUUAACAUCAAUCAAAAUGCGUGUUGUAAUGAACUUAGACAUCCAGGAGUCACGGAGUCUCGAGUAUGACAUCGACAGUCGCAUAGCGGAGUUUAAACAGGACCCUGAUAAAAUGAGCGAGAUGAACGUCUUCGUGGACGAGGUGCUCAAUGAAGCUCAGAAAAGCGCCGAAGUUAAGCUUCAAGAUAAAUCGGCGGAGGAAAGGCCUAGAAAUGGUAAUAAACUACUCAGCGGUCUGAAACAACAUCGUGUUGUAACUCGCACGCGUGGAAUAGUUUUAAGAAUUUUCGAAGCGAUAUGUAACUGUACUAAUUCAGCAACUUUACCCGGUCAGAGACCUGCUGGAGCAGCACCAACUGGUUCAGCAGCACCUGCUGAUAAGUAAUUUACUCUAAACUAAUAGUCGGGUGGUGUAAUCUCCACGAACAUUAGACGCAUAAAGGUAUUCUAUACUGUGAAUAUUCAUAAGUCGACAAAAGACGUAAACGGAAAGCGUCGUUGAAUGUUUAGCAUUAAGAAGACUAAACAACAUACAUAUAUAUAUUAGUAUUUAUUUAUGAUAAUCAUACACUGCUGUGACACCCUUUUGGAGGGUAAUUUGAGACGAAUCUACAACGGUCCACAUAAUUUCCCACUUGUUACACCACAGAUAAAAUGAGUUGUAGUAUCCAAACUAUUCGUAGUCCGAAGAAUGCUGUUUUCGGCGAUAACUAUACACAUUUUUGAAUAUUGUAGUAUUCAAUACACCUACCUUUCACCAAUGUAUUGAACCAAAAUGAAAACAAUUAUCUUCGAGAUAAAAUCAAAAAUCUUAGCAGGGUUUCAAAUUAAAUGUUUCAGGCUAAAAUUUACACUGUUUACAAUCACGAAAGUUUCCAGAUCACUACUAGAUCAAACAAAGCAAAUUUUUAAAUUCAACUAUUUAUUUUCUCGUCUUGCCGCUUUCUGUAUAAUUGACAAUCAAAAUUUUAAAGCAAUACAUUGAUCCGUCUGUUAGUGAGUGUUCCAUAUUUGCUCAUAUGUUUAAGGAAAUCUUUGUACCUUGCUGUUAGAUCUAUGAACUGAACGUAUUUCAUGGACCAAAGAUGUAUCGGUUUUUAAAUUAGUUGUUCCAAUAUUGAAAAAAUGUAUAUUUUAAGCCAUUUACAAUUUUUUU